AUCGGCCCCCCGGCGCGUUUGACAAGUCUGGGGAAGACACGCUCCCGAUCCCGUUGCGGCAAGUCUUCCGUGUACAUAGACAAUAUCGUCGAGAGUCUCUACAACACCUGUUGCCUUUCCACACGCCCUUGCCAGAUCCAUUAGCACCUCCCCGAGACAAAUCGCCAACAUGUAUCACCUAGCAAAGGGUCUCUACCGAUUAGCGACCAGUAAAGAGGAAUACUCCGUCAUCCUCCUAGGUCUCGACAAUGCCGGAAAGACCACCUUUCACGAACAAGUCAAAGCCCUCUUCCACCCCGACCAACCCGAGCCCAAGUUGAAAACGGUUCCUACGGUCGGCCAAAAUGUCUCCACCAUCACCCUUCCCGACAUGUACCUGAAGCUCUGGGACGUCGGGGGUCAGCUCUCCCUGCGCGCCCUGUGGCACUCGUACUACUCGUCCUGCCACGCCAUCAUCUUUAUCAUCGACAGCACCGACAUUGGCGACGGCCAAAUCGAGCGUGAUCAGAACAACGGCCGGCUGGACGAGUGUCGGGCCGUGUUGGAGGACGUGCUGCAGCACUCGGAGACGGAAGGCGUACCGCUGUUGAUACUGGCGAACAAGCAGGACCGAGAAGACUGCGUCGAGGUGGUGCGGAUCAAGGAAGGGUUGGUGAAGAAGGUCUUUGAGGGCGAGAAGAGCGCGAGUAUUAGGGACUCGAGGGUGUUACCCGUGUCGGCACUGACGGGGACGGGCGUGAGGGAGGCGGUGGAGUGGGUUAGGUCAAGGGUUAAGUGGAACAAGGAGUCGAGGCCGCCGGUUAUGCGGUGAGCAACUGAUUGAUGGAGAGAACGAUUUAUAUCACGACGGCAAGCUUGCAGACGUACAUCAACGUACAUCGACAGCGUCUGAGCGGAGGAUCCUA